CGCCACCGCCGGCUGCCGUGGAGAGAUAACCUCCCGCCACACACCUAGCUAUACCUAGUACGUAAUACUAUUUAGACAGCUGAUUCUUGUGUCUUUGGCCAUGGAUCAUUCAGAGACGGUCCUCAUGCAUCUCGUCUCAUCUCCUGGAAGAAGAAGAAUAACAAGCUACUCCUCCUCCCGCCUGCCUUAGCUACCUACCAUAGAACAUGCCGGCGGAGGAGGACGACCGUAGAGUACAUAGUAGAAGUGCGGAGUCGGUCGAUCAGACAGGCUCCCGAGCGCUAAGUACGGCUAUCCCAACCGCUCGCGAGCGCGUGUGGAUCCACACCCUGUGGGAGGAGCAAACCAUUCAAAAUUUGAACAGCUCCCAGUUCCUGACUAGAGCUCCGAGAUUUCGGAGAGAAUUCCGCAAAAGAUCUCCCGUCCGGCGAUGGAUACGCCGCCGCCACGGAUGGUCCUCGCGCCUGGAUCGUUCACCCAACUACUUCUAAGCUUCUCCUCCAUCCCUUCCCAAGAUCCAAAUCUCUGUUGGACCCAGCAAGAAGAACAAGAGUAUGUGGGAGAGACAGAAUGGACGGAGGGCGGAAACCAUUGCGGGGGCGGCAUCGACACCGAGGAUCAAUUUCAGUCCUCUCCCACCAUACCAGAUCCAACUUCCCCCAUCUAUGAGGCCGACGGCGAGGUGAAUUGUGAGAACGACGAUGCCAAGCUCCGCUCGCCAACGCCAGAGCUCGAUGGAUACACUUGGUCAGGAGAUGAAUGCUUGGAGUCGCCGCUGUCAGAGCAAACCAACAAGCCAAACCUGGUUCAGUCAGACCAAUCUCGUCCUGACCAAUGUCCAUGGAAGAGAAGGAUACGUUGUGGGAAAAUACCAGAUCAGCGGCAGCCUAAACAGGGAAGGGUCUGUGCGCUUGAAAAAGCAAUGCGUGAAUUUGUUCAAAGGAAGUCUGGACAAGUUGUCGCCCCUGAGAUUGGAAGAGAGUUCGACUCACUUGCGGAGGCAUUUGAAUUUUAUAAUCUUUAUUCUUGGGAGAUUGGGUUUGGCAUCAGAUAUGGUCAAUCUAGGACAAAUGCAAAGAAGAGCAGAACCGUUCAGGACAUCGUUUGCGGCUGUGCGGGAAGGCCAAAGAAAGAAAACACAAAGUCAGUAGCCUGCAACUGCCAAGCCUUGAUCAGGCUACACCGCACAGCCGACAAUGGAUGGUAUAUACAUGAUUUUAGAUCUGAACACAACCACCAUUUGUCCUCAUCGUGUGGCGAGAAACUACAUUGGCCAUCACACAGGAACAUUGACACACACACAAAAGAUAUUGUCAAGCACUUGAGGAGCAACAACAUUGGGAUAACCAAGGUUUUUUGUGUCAUCGCAAGCUUCUUUGGAUCAAUGGAGAGUGUACCAUUCAACAAGAGAGCUCUCAAGUACAUGUGCAAGAGGAUGAACCAAGAAACUGCAGAUGAUGACAUAAGGAAAACGGUUCAGCUCUUCUCUGAACUUAAGAAGAAUGACCCAAUGUUUGCUGACAGUGUUCUUGUCGACGGCGACAGCAAGAUUCAGGCUCUUAUGUGGACAAAUGGAAGGAGUAGAUACCAAUACAAAAUGUUUGGCGAUGCAAUCACAUUCGACACAACAUAUCGUACAAACCAGUACGAUAUGCCAUUCGGACUAUUUGUUGGGGUCAACCAUCAUUUCCAGAGCAUAAUAUUAGGAGGCGUUAUGAUGAGGAACGAGAAGCAAGAAUCAUUCGAGUGGGUAUUCAAGGAAUUUGUGUCAUUAAUGGGAGGUAAAGCACCGGUAACUAUCCUAACAGACCAUUGCCGUGCCAUGGAGUUGGCUAUUGCUGAAGUAUUGCCUGGAACGAAGCACCGGUGGUGCAAAUGGCAUGUGCUGCAUCGUGCAAAGGAAUCCCUUGGCUCUGUAUACACACAGAACAAAGAUUUCAGGGAUGAACUACACAAGAUAUUGGAAUAUAUGCUCACUGUAGAAGAGUUCGAAGCAGCUUGGGCAAAGUUGAUUCAAAAGUAUGGUCUUCAGGAACACCCAAUGUUGACACAGAUAUACGAGCUCCGACAGAAAUGGGCAAAGCCAUAUUUUGCAGGUGUAUUCUGCGCGAGGAUGACAAGCACCCAACGGUCAGAGAGCGCUAACCACAUGUUGAAGAAUUUUGUACCUGCUGGUGCCUCAAUGCACAUGUUUGUUAGGAACUACCAGAAACUUCAGUUUGACCGUGAUUCAGAAGAAAAUUUUGCUGAGAAGAAAAGCCACUUGGUGAGCACAGUGCUCAAGACCGGUUUGCCUAUGGAGAGGCAUGCUGCGAAGGUUUACACACCUGCGCUGUUCAAACAGUUCCAAGAAGCAUGCUUCAAAUCUGCAUCCUACUACGUCGAGAACACUCUGGUCAUAAACGAUACAUAUUGUGUCACACACCUUUUUGCAGAGCGGAGAGAGAGCUGGUCAAAAACAUCUUACAAUGUCAAAGUGGAUCAACCUGAGAAUAUCUUCAAAUGCGAGUGUGGAAUGUAUGAGCAUAUGGGUUUGCUCUGCUGCCAUGCGAUCCGGGUAAUGGCACACUUGAAAUUCACGAAGAUACCAGAAGAGCACAUCAUGAGGAGGUGGACUAAAAACGCAUGUGAAGAUUUACCUGAGCACUUGAAAAUAUAUAAGGGACACAGCCCUAUCCUGGAAUCAACUACCUUCAGGCAUACAACACUUUACACAACAGCUCUUGAUAUUGUAAGGAUGGGUGACAGCAACCCUGAGGCCUUCGACCUUGCAAUGGUAAGGCUGUCAGAUGCAAGGGAUGAUCUCAAAGAAAAAGCAACUGAGAAAGAUGGCAAAGGACUAGAGGAUAUACUAGGUAAAGAAAACAUUGAUAUCAACGGGGUUGAUGCAGGCGACAUUAAUCUCAAAUCAUCAAUGAGGAUAGAAUCUCGCAAGAGAGAUCGUGGGCGACCUACCAACGCAAGAUCUAGGCCAGGCUAUGAAGUGAGCAAUCCAAGAACCAAGUUUUGUAAAACUUGCAGGGGAAAGGGACACAACUCUGGGAAGUGCCCAACAAAUGACGGAUCAAACAAGAAGCAGAGGAAAGAACCAAAGUGCGGGAAGUGUGGCGUACUUGGACACAUCAGGACACAAUGCAACAGAACAUUUGAAUCGUGGUUUAGAUGAGUAGCUUAACAAAUCAAAGCACUUCGGACAUAAACUCAAUGUCCUGAUGUGUAUUGGAAAUGUAAUGAUGAUCCUUGAAUUCCAUAUCUUUUUAAACAGACUGCUUGUCA